AUGGCUGCAGCCUCACAAACCAUCCGGCAGCAGAUAUGGGAAGGCCGUCUUCCACUACAGAUAAACUUGUCCAGGGCGGAGUGUAGGGUAUUCGACAAGGCUGAACCUUACAUUAUAUCAUUCCCCCGUCUAUCGUAUCUGCCAUUUUUAUUACCUAGGCUGCUUGAUUUUUUCAAGUCUUAUCUUAUUGAAUCCGAGCCCGUAUACCCAUAUCAAGGCUGGUUCUCGUUUGAAGGAGUUCCGCUAAAAUGGCAUUACCCUGUUGGUUUGCUCUAUGAUCUAUACACCGGUGCGGGUCCAUCGGCAUCGAUAUACUCGGCAAAAGGGCAGGAUGACGACAGAGACCUAAACCAUUUAUCUCAAGGAAUCCUGCCAUGGAAACUAACACUGCAUUUUCAGAACUGGCCGGACCAGGAACUUGUUAGCCUUGAUGCUGAGGAGAGGGUUAUGCAUGAUUUCUUCAUGAAUAGUGUCAAGGAGGCGGAUUUUGUCCGCAAUGGCACUGGAAAGAGUAUUAUGGCUCUUUCUAGAGAGGAUUCCAGGAAGUUAUGGGCAUCCAUACAAGAACACUCCUUCCAAACCUUCCACCGCGUCAACAGUACACUUUUACCAAACCUGUCAACUCCAUUCCGCAAUGUACCAUUACGAGUCUACCUCCCCACGGCUUCAGGGCUUGAGAAGCCGUCAAUAAAGGUUGUGCAAUCUCAAUUUCCACCGAAAAUCCCGGCAUCGGUGUCAGGAGGGGCCGGGCAACAAGUCCAGACUAUCGGAACCGCUCUUAACUCUCUAAUACCUAGCCUGUUUCCGGAUGCUAAGGCCACGAGUAUUGCGACACCGAUUUUACAUGGAGCUGAAGUCCCAAUGAAUGCACCUGUAGAGGAAGUGGGGCGGUGCGCUGCGUAUGCCGACGGAUGGUUAAACGUUGUUAUACGGGUGCAUGAAUGA